UACACAUAGCAUUCUUGUACAAUUUGUGCUUCUGGCCAAACGUAGUGAUCAUGGAUUCAGCUGCUUAAGGUGAUUGAUGCUGAUAAAAGAUGAAAAAAGACUGAUUAUUUUGGAUCAAAGUUGAUCUUCAGAGGCUCAAAAGUUUAAUCAUGACUUCGAUGUCACAUCUUACAGAUGAAGAGAGAAACUUCGCCAGAUUUUUCUUUCUCAACUUUAAAGUAUCACCCGACAUUGUCAGGCGAUUUUUUGACGGAGUGUUUCCGCCAAAAGUCUUAGCUCAAACUAUUAACAGUAAUGUGUGUGCCAUCAUCAAAUUACACAACAAACAUAGAAUCAAUGCGGUCCAAUUAGAAAUAUUAAAGGGUGUAACAGGAACGAUAUGGCCACCCUCACUUCCUUCGACGUCAGUUGGAACAAAAGCUACCUCGUCUAAGGACUUUGAUCUGACAAUGAUGAUAUGUCUGCUGCGCAAUCUAGGAGGUUUAUCCUCGCCCUGCAAUGGGUGGGAUCAACUUCCGCUUCCGAAUGAUACGUCAUCGGGAGCUGACUUGGCUACACUGAAAUGGUACAGAAAUCAGUUGGCCCAUACGACAGUUAUUACUAUGGAUAACAAUGAAUUCACAGAAAAGUGGUCUCAAGUCGAAAAGGCAUUAACAUCUUUAAAUAAAAGUCAAAGACCACCCGAGGUCACUGAAAUCUUGAAUUACGAUCUUGAUGGAGAGCAAGCAAAAAUAUUAGCAAACACAGAACUGAGGCAACUAAAAAAACAAUACAUGGAUUGUGAAAAGGAAAAAGAGCAAAUAGAAAGUGAUUUAGCUUAUUACAGGGAAGGAAAUCUUCCGAAAAACAUUGCAGAUGUGAAUGCAACAUUGGUGGAAACAUGGCUAAAAGAUGACACAAGUUUUUAUGAGACAAAGGGAUCAGAACUUGUUUAUGAUAAAGUAAAGGAUUGUAGCUGUACUUUGGUGACAUCCAAUUCAGGAUUAGGAAAGACAGCCACCAUCAGACAUAUCGCAUUAAAAUUUAAACGUGAAGGCUUUGAAAUUGUUCCCGUAGAGUCCCCAAAGGAUAUAAUCAAAUACAGGACAAAACAAAAACAAGUGUUUCUUAUUGAUGAUGUUCUUGGUAAAUACGAUUUGAGUCCGACACUGUUGGAUAAAUGGGAAAGAAUGAACGAAAAGCUAAUAAGCUGCCUGGAAACAAAGUUCGGUUCAAACAAACUAUUGUGUACACUGAGAUCACAAAUAGCAGUCCAUAAAAGAUUUAAAAACGCAUUGACAAUUUUAAACAAAGAAGUCAUAAAUUUAGAGCGCGAGUCUAAUGCCCUUUCAAACGAGGAAAAGGAGAAAAUAUUUAUUGAACAUCUUAAGAAAAAUAACUUAGAAAAGGAAAUUAAAACAGGUGAGGUAGAGAUAAUUUGUAAAACGAAUUAUGCAUUUCCUCUUCUUUGCAGAUUGGUUUCAAUUGACGAGGAAAGAUUCAGAAAAAGAAUUGCAUUCUUUAGGCAACCAUUAUCACUGUUAAGGAAUGAAAUUGAUAGAAUAAGUAAUGAAAAUAAGAAGCUAUACUGCAUUUUGGUGAUAUGUAUGUUGUAUAAUGGUUUAUUGAGUAAAAGUAUAUUUGAUAUUGACUCAGAUGAAUACGAUGCGAAAAUACACCGAAUAAUGCAAACUUGCGGACUUCAAAGAAACAUGCAUAAAACAGAACUUAAAGAUAGCGCUCUUUCUGCAGUAGGAUCUUAUCUAACCAAGGACAUUUAUAAUUUCCGGUUUAUUCACGAUGCUCUUGAAGAGAUUACAGGCUGUCAUUUCUAUGCGUUUGAUCCCAGAGUAAUGUUUUCGGACUGUGAUAUCUUCUUUAUUAGAGAUCGAGACAGAGUUCAUGCCAAUGAAAACAUGAUUGAAAAUGGUGAUGAAAAUAUUGUGAUUAUUAGGGAAGAUGAAUUGAAUAGUCUUACACCUUUAUAUACGAGAUUGUGGACUGAAUUAAGCAAUGGGAGAUUUUCAAGUGUGUUGAUGAGUCACCUUUUUAAGAAUAAAAAUUUUGUUCGUAUAUUUGGAACACAUUUUGAAGAUAAUCAGAGCAUACUGGGAUCAAUAAAUACUUUUUUAAAGAUUGUAAGUUCCGAGCGGAGAGAGAGUGGCGACCAGUCAGUCUUUAACAAGUUUUUAAAGAUUCUAUCCAAUGAUGAAUUACAAGAUAAAAAAGAUGCCAUUAGUCGAGUUAUAGAGGCUAUACCUUUCAGAAGUACACUUAUGUACUGGAUUGUAGCUUUUGGCUGCUAUGAAUUCUUUCAAUAUGCUUGGAGUAAGAUUACAACUUUAGAUCGUAAUUGGAUGUUGGCUAGCGAUUAUAUUUUCCUACCCCCAGUAAAACCCUUCUUUCCCCUGGCUGUUCUGGGUGGAAGCUUAGAUAUUGUAACAGAACUAAUUCGUUCCGGUGCAGAUGUUAACUGCUUUUCCGAAUUUUGGGAAACACCUUUAUAUAUAGCAGUUAAAUCAGGCCGGUAUGAUAUGGUACACUUACUGGUGAGAAAUGAAGCACAGGUAAACCUUAGAGGAUGGUUUACAAUGAAUAUCCCAAUUGCGGUUACUUCAAACAAACACGAAUUAAAUAGUUUGAUUCUUGAAUAUGAUUCGAACAAAACAGAGUUUCAUGAAGCUGUCCGACAUAACGACUUAAAACAUUUGAGAUCAAAUAUUCGAUCAGAGAAUAUUGAUUCUAAAACAAAAAGCGGAUGGACAGUCCUACAUUACGCUGUAUUAUUAAAAAAUUUAGAAGCUGUGAAGGUUUUGUUCCAUGAAGAACUGCCCCAAAACGAAGAUUCCAAUUUUGACUUGACGCAAGUUGACCAAGGAGAAUUUGUGUGUAGAAAGCGGACACCUAAAGUAAGCAUACCUGACAAUAAUGGACUAACUGCUGUCCAUCUAGCAGUUAUUACAAAUAAUAUCGAUAUACUAUCUAUUUUGCUUCGUAAUAAAGCUGAAGUAAAGGUUCGUGAUGUAUUUGAUAGAACCCCUUUACAUUACAUAACGAGUGAAAGUGCAACAAAAACAUUGCUCACUCAUACCUCUCGGAACCAGCGCAUAGAGACUAAUCGAAACGUAGGGGAGGAUAUAGAGUAUACAAAUUCACCGAUACCAUCUUUCGGGGUCAUGUGUUUUAAUAUCACUCUAAAAACUUCUUUCAGAAAUGUUUUUCGUGACUGUGUAAACAUGCCAGACUGGGAGGGUAAUACCCCCUUACAUUCUGUUAUUAAGAGGCGCCUUCUAAAAGAGGAAAGCAGUAUUUGUAUAGAAACGUUGCUGGAAUAUGGCGCAAAUCCGUAUUUACUUAAUGACAGUAACACUUCAGCAUUAGAGUUAAUCAAAAGCAGUUGUGAUACAGCCAAAUACAUAAACAAUAGUGAAAAAUAUAGACAAUCAAUUGAGACGACUUAUAAAGUUUUUGCUUUAGUCAUGUUCUUCUUAAUGGGAGUGACUUUUGGCCUAACUAUAUAUCUUUCCUCUGUUAUUAGAAAGGAAAGUCAAAAUGCAUUUUUUUGCGUUAGCCAUGCCAAAGAAUCUGGUAGUAUAUCCUUGGUGCAGGUGACGAGAAGCAUAAACGUUGUAUUACUCACUUUUGUACUUCUUUGGAUAUUAUCAAUAACGUUUUACAUGAGGUAUUCAGAUAUCAUUCGGCGAUUUUUAUUUUUGUUUUUUGUAUUAAUACUAUUAGGGGGUAUUUUAUUCAUAUUAUUUGGUGCGUUUGCAUACAUUCAAAUCAUAUACCAGUUUAUGUAUUCAAUGUUUUACGGUGUUAUUUUGUGUUCGAUACUUAUAAAAAUGUUGUUUGUUUUAAAAAAUGUAGCAUUAGCAUCAGUAAAUUUAAAAACAGGGAAUAUACAUUUUCUAAUGUAUUUAUUCAUUCCAAUCAUUUUUAUUUUCUUACUGUUUGUUUUAUCUAUUACAUCUAGUGAUAACCAACAAUUCGACAAUUUCUAUACCAUGAACAAUAUAAAUACACUGAACAUAGCAGCUCCAAAUUGUACAGAAUUUAGUACUGUAAAUAUCUCAUGUAAAAGUUUAACUUAUAAUAAUACUUAUAAAAAUGGUGUCGAUUUCUCUGUACAGUGUAGUAUUGUGCCAAAUGUUACAGGUUUUAAUGGUACACAUGGAACACUUACAGUGGAAUCAGGAGUAAUAGACUUGUCAGAAAUAGGACUCAUGUCUUUGUUUUGUUUGAAUCUUUCGUUACAUGCAACAUGUGCUUAUAGUUUUUUAAACAGUAUGUUUGUAGUAUUUGUUAAGAAAAUACUCAGAGGGAAUUUCGAUAAAAUGAUCCCGUUUAUGAAUGGACUGGCAGUGAUGUUUUUAUAUGUAGAUAUAUUGUGUCAAUUUAUGUUUGUAUUUGUGAAUUAGUUUGAGAGAAUGUUGUAGAAAAUAAAUAAAAA